GCCAUUGUUAUACAAUCCUUAACGGGUUAACAAGGAACCUACUAGACUAAGUUGGUGAAAAUUAAAGAUCAAAUGGCUCGAGGUUUGAUGGCCGGUCGUGUGCCAAAGAUCAAUAUCCUACCCAUUGAAUCAAGACAGAGACCAAACCCUUUCAAUUCCCCUAGUGCCGGACCUGACCCCCAUAUAAAAGUUACUCGUUAUGGCUCUCACAAUCGAACGAGCCAACUAUUAACAAUAUCCUGCCAAACUCCAAAAUUAAACUUGUUUGGGUGCUGGACUUGUUUUCGCUAAACGGAAACGCUCACUCGAACCCCAAGACGGCCAUUUCGCCGACCCCUGCUAGCACCCCGAGGAAACCCGCCAGCGCUACCUGGCCCAUAUAAAAGUUACUCGUCUCACACCCCCAGUUCUUCUGAGACAGCUCUCCAGGCUCCCGCUGCAAUAUGGUGUAUUACCACCAAACGGGCCCACCCCAAACCGUACGAGACGAGCACCGACACCCCCGUACCUUCUCGGUGUUUGGGUCUUUGUUGGUGCUGACCCUUUUUACCCCACCAAAACCAUCGCUGCUGGAAAAAGUCUCCCUUGAGCCGAAGGGAAACCGGUGAAAAAAAAAAUAAAAAUAAAAAUAAAAGAAGACAUAUAUACUCUGGGUCUUGUGAAUUAUCACUGGUAUACCGAG